AGAGGGACGUUUGAAAUCAAACAAGCAGUGUUUGGGGAAGUGUUAGUCACCUACAUUUGAAGUUGAAUACGUAUAACUUUAUAGUUUGAGUCGUGUUUAUCUGAUAUUAUCCGCACAACAUUGAACCGGCUUUUAAAGGAGUCUCCUGUUAACGUUACGCUGAAUAUUUAUGUAACGUUUGCCACAAAUAACAAUUCACCGAAGUAACUUUAACCACUAACGUUAGCUAGCGAGGGUGAAGCUUCCUGCUUGAGAGCUAACGGGGACGUUGCUCUCGGUCGUUGUACAAUAGCAUAUUUAGCAAACUCACUAAUUCUUCCAGAAAAUGGAGUCUUCUGCCAGGUUUAAGCUGACAAAGGACAUGAAAAUUCCAAGGCCCGAAGUGAAGACAAACGGUGAUGGGCCUAAGCGGGUUCCAGUGUCACAGCAGUCACAGAUUGCUGUAGUUACACCAACUCCACAUCAUCGGGUUCUAGGUGUGUCAAAUGGACCUCAGCGCAUUCAACGGCCUAUGAGCCACCAGAAACCAGCAUCCCAUACCUCUGUUGCUAUCAAGUCCACACACCCCGCUAAUCAGAAUGUGAACCCUUCUACUCAUGAUUCACCGCAGCCCAAACGUGUUUCACAACAAAACCAACCAAAAACGCAUGACGUGCGCAAGGUUAACCUGGAGCCGGCCAAAGCACCAACAGAACCGGCAAAGCUGGAGAAGCCCCAAAACAAGCCUGCUGUGAAGGAUUCUGCCAACACCUCUUCAUCAAACAAGCGGUGGAGCCUGGAGAACUUUGACAUUGGCCGUCCCCUAGGAAAGGGUAAAUUUGGCAAUGUCUACAUGGCCAGAGAGCGACAAAGUAGGUUCAUCUUGGCCCUGAAGGUGCUCUUCAAGAAGCAGCUAGAGAAGGCCGGGGUGGAGCACCAACUGAGGAGGGAAGUGGAGAUCCAAUCUCACCUCAGGCACCCGAAUAUCUUGCGCCUCUACGGUUACUUCCAUGAUGCGUCUCGUGUGUAUCUUAUCCUGGAGUUUGCACCCAAGGGGGAACUGUACAGUGAACUGCAGCGCUGUGGAUGUUUUGAUGAGGCCAGAAGUGCCACAUACAUCAUGGAGCUGGCAGAUGCCCUCAACUAUUGCCACUCCAAGAAGGUGAUCCACAGGGACAUCAAACCAGAGAACCUGUUACUUGGGGCCAACGGGGAGCUGAAGAUUGCCGAUUUUGGGUGGUCUGUUCACACACCCUCCUCCAGGAGAUCCACGCUGUGUGGAACACUGGACUACUUGCCUCCUGAGAUGAUUGAGGGGAAAACUCAUGAUGAGAAGGUGGACCUGUGGAGUCUGGGUGUCCUUUGCUACGAGUUCCUGGUUGGAAGUCCCCCCUUUGAAACGAAAAGUCAUGAGGAGACCUACCGCAAAAUAUCAAGGGUGGAGUACACUUACCCUGCACAGUCCACUAUUAGUGCGGGAGCCAAAGACUUGGUUGCCAGGCUGCUGAAGCACAACCCCAUGCACAGACUGUCCAUCCAGGGAGUCCUGUCCCACCCCUGGUUGGUUGAGAGCGCCACCAAGAAACCCACUACCCUGAACAAGCAAGAAUCCCCCCAGUGAGCCACUUUGUUCCCCUCCACCCAACACCUGAGGUCUGUACGUGCGAGGGCGGAGUAGUGCGGAACACAUGCUGUACAAAGUGUGAAACGUGAACACCAGUGUGCAACUGUUUAUCAGAAGCUGCUUGUCUCACUAUAUUGACUACAAAAUCACUGCAUGUGGAUGUUUAGGUCUGCAGGCAUCUUAAGCCACUUUGUGGUUGUUGUGUUUUUGUUUUUUUAUCUUCUUAUCCUUUUCUUUUCUUAACAGUGGCAUUCUAUUGCCUGUAAAUAUUUCACUGUUUUUGUGUAAUUAUGAGAAUUUUAUUGACCUUUUCAAAAAUGGUAUUACUUGAAAUAAAAGAAGAGAACUAACUUUCGUGGAUAUAUAUAUCUUGGGAAAUUAAGCAGUGUGUAUAUAUAUUUAAGUAUGUUUGUCUUAUGUGCAUUUCAAGCUCUUGUAAAUUGU